AUGCACGUCCAUUCGCACUCGACGCCACCCUUCGGUGCUCUCGGCAAGUCUCUGCGACCGGAGAAGCCCAGCACUCCGGCCGAGAACGGGCACGCGCACGACCACGACCACGACCACGAUCAUAGUAAUGACCACGGCCACGACCACGGCCACGGCGAUGAGCAUAGCCAUGGCCAUUCUCACAACCUCCCGCAGUACCGAGCCAACUCGAACCAUCCCAUGCGCGGCCGUCCUAACCUUCCACCUCCUCUGUCAUCCGGACACGGCUGGACAAAGUCGAUCUCAGCCGGUGGAAAGCCUAUGAUAACGCCUACAAGUGCCGUGUUUGACAAGGUCUACUCGCCGCCGGCCCAGCUCGCUGUCAAGAGCCAUGCCCAUGACCAUGACCAUAGCUCCAUCCAGCGAUCAUCAGUGACCAGCUUUCUCCUCGACUACACAGCCAAAUGGCCGCUGUUGCACGCAAUAAUGACCGAGAAGGACUCUAGGAGGAUUUUCUAUUUUAUGAGUCUCAACUUCGGCUUCAUGACGAUUCAGGCGUUUUACGGCUAUGUCACAGACUCGCUUGGCUUGCUGAGCGAUAGUGUGCACAUGUUUUUCGACUGUGUGGCGUUGGGGGUUGGACUGUUUGCGGCAGUCGCAAGCAAGUGGCCUCCCAGCGAGAGAUUUCCGUACGGGUUCGGGAAGGUCGAGACCUUGAGCGGCUUCGCCAACGGUAUUUUCCUAGUACUCAUUAGCGUCGAAAUCAUGUUCGAGGCGUUCGAGCGGAUCAUCGAGGGCCACGAGACGAAACGGCUCGGCGAGCUGUUCAUUGUCAGCACGUUGGGCCUUUUGGUGAAUCUUGUCGGCAUGGCUGCGUUUGGUCACCACCAUCACGGGCACGACCACGGCGGCCACUCGCAUGGCCACUCGCACGGACAUGCUCACGACCACGGCCACUCGCAUGACCACGACUCGGGCUGCAAUCACGACAAGGACCACGACCACGACCACGACCACGCACACUCUCAUGAGCACGGACACGACCAUGCGCUUCCCCAUGCAGGUCACAGCCACAGCCAUGGGCACUGCCACGACAACGAAAACAUGUACGGGAUCUACCUGCACGUGCUCGCAGAUACGCUCGGCAGCGCAGCGGUUAUUGUAUCGACUAUCCUCACUCAUUUCUGGUCGUGGGCCGGCUGGGAUCCCCUAGCAUCAUUCCUGAUCGCGGUGCUGAUCCUGGGCUCUUCGAUCCCUCUGGUCAAGUCUUCGGCGCGCCGGUUACUGCUCACGAUUCCGGACCAGCUCGAGUACAACCUGCGCGACACGCUGUCGGGCAUUACGGGCAUCCGCGGGGUCGCCAGCUACACGGUGCCGAAGCUGUGGAUGGACGACCGGGGCGGCGCGGACGACAAGCUGUUGGGCAUGAUGCACGUGGUUGCGAUCCGCGGCGCCGACAUGGACGACGUGAGGGAGCGCGUGAGGAGCUACCUUGCGGGCAAGGGCAUUGACAUCACGCUGCAGGUUGAGAGGGAAGGUGACACGACAUGCUGGUGUGGCAACGGGCGCAGUCCUCUGGGCCACAGCGCAACCAGGAGUGUGGCGUUUUAG